AUGAUGAGCACCGAACGUCGUGCUAGUGGGCUAGGGCCGUCCUUGACGGUAACUUCGCCACGAGCACAGAACAAUCAAGCGGUUCCAAGAGAUCUGCAGCGCUCCACCAGACCGGAAUCAUCAACAGCAGCGACGGCGGCAGCCGCUGCGGCACCGCCAUCAACUGGCAGCCCCGACCGAAAACGACCGCGGUAUGAGCCUGCAUUGGCCUCACGCAGCGUCGGCGACGAGGAAGAGCUGGAUGAAUUGGAUGACAGCGAAGACAUGCCCAAACGGCCACGCGGCGAAUCUGAAGAGCCAAAAGUCGAGCGCAAAGGUUCUGGGCCCGAAAGCACCAGCAGAUCUUCAUCUGCAACCGCUUAUCAUUCCCACUGGGCGGGUCGUAGCGCUUCAGCUACCCUAGACUCACGCUACCAUCAGCCGCAAUCGCAGCACCAGCAUCAACAACCACAGCAACACCGUAUGCGAGAGGGAACGGACAUGGCAGGUGUGCCAGAUCCGCGUCGCCAUGAAUUCGAUCGCCCUUAUGCAAGUCGCUAUGACUCUGGACAUGGUCAUGGCCUGGGCCUCAGGGAAGACGGCCGUCCCAUCAGUGGUCUCGUGGGUGAACGGUUCAGCGGCGAUGCAGACCGCGAGCCUCGUGACCGUGUGCACGUAGAGACCAAGAUGGAAUACACGUCGCCCUCGAUGCGCAUGCCGCCUCCUGGGGCUGGCGAUCCCAAUCUGCCAAGCUUCCGUAAUCGACCGUCUUCGCCGCCGCCCAGGCUGCCAGGCUUUGCCUCGCUCGAAUCGGAUGGACUCGGCGCUCGCACUCGCGGCGGCGACGAUGGCGGUAUGCCAGGUGCCUAUUCGCACUCCCCGCGCAGAGCUAUGCCCUUCCAGGGACCUUCGUAUGGCAACUAUCCGCCACCCCCCGGCAGAUCUUCGCUGAUGCACCACCAUCCGAGCCCUACACCGUCUACCUCGUAUGGAAACCCGCCCAUGAUCCACCCUGCUCUCGCCGGAUUGCCCGGUGCCGGUGGCGGACCGGGCGGAAAGCAGCAGCCCAGCUUUGUCAGCAAGCUCUACUCAAUGCUCGAGGAUCAUUCGAUCUCGGAACUGAUCAGCUGGGGUUCGUCGGGCACCGUCUUUAGCGUCGCCAACCCCGCCGAGUUCUCGCGGCUGGUGCUUCCCAACUGGUUCAAGCAUUCCAACUGGCAGUCGUUUGUGCGCCAGCUCAAUAUGUAUGGCUUCCACAAGGUGAACCACUCGUAUCAGGGCAACCCUUCGGACGAGGUGCAGGUGUGGGAGUUUCGACACCCUAGUUUCCGACGCGGUGAGAUUGCGCUGCUCAACGACAUUAAGCGCAAGAGCUCGAGGCAGAAGCGCGGUGGGUCGCCGCGCGGCAGCAUUGGAGGGGCUGACAUGCGUGCCGAUCGGAGCGGGGGCAGUUCGACGCCUUCGCCUGAGGUGCCGCUGGCUACGAUACCAGGCCACGACGGUAUGAGGAUGAUGGGCGGCGGCGGCGGUGGUGGUGUGAUGGGAAUGGGCAUGGGACCCAGCGGACACCGGGGUGGACGCGAGUUUGCGUACGGUGAUGAACGCAUGGAUGCACACGGCUACGUCGACCGACGCGAACUGCGUGGCUACGGCGGUGGUGGAGAACGAGACUAUGCUGCCGCCGUUGGACCGCGAGGCGUCCCCGCCGACGAGUACGCUUACGCGCGCGGCAAAGUGGAAGGACAUCUCGGCAUGGCCAACCCCGGCGGGCCGCCUCCUGCCUCUGGCAUGGCCCCGCCCUUGGCCGCCGCAGAUAACGCCGUCGUCCGCCGCACAGGCGACCACAUCAUGGACCGCGCCGAAACCAUGUCCCGCUUCGAAGACCUCUCGGAACGCACCGACGCCAUCAUCCGCCACGCUUCGUUUCUCGAAACCCAGAUCCGGCUCUUGUCUGAACAGCUGAUCGACGCCAGAGCGUUCACGGCGUCCGUGGUGCGCGAAGAGAUGCUCCAGAUGCUCGACCGCUUGGAACGCGUGCUCAGCGCGCCGGCUCCACCGGGCAUCGAUGCCACGACAAAGACGGUCGAGGCGAUCCGUUCGCAGCUCGCCUACUACUCGCACCGCAGCGCCGCUGGUGGCCCCGGUGAGCGAGCGAAUAAGCCCACUGCGCCAAUCACCGGUGGUGCCGGCGUGGAUCCCACGCGUCCCAGCGUCUGA